CGUUUAAGCAAAGAACAACAAAACUGGAGUUCAUAUAAGAGAGUACUCAUACUUCUCUGGUAACUUUCUUGCUUGAGCACAUAAUCAUCACUAGCUGAGACAAAAUUGCCAACUGAAGAUAUCAUUUCCUCAAGGAACACAAUGCAAGGUGUUAUGCGCGUGGUUAGAUCAUGCCAUGAAAAGCUCAAGGUGACUAUUCUACAGCACCCACAAUUCAAAAACACGAGUGAGAUGAACAAAGUAUUCGCAAGAUUUGGACGUGUUAUCUCCUUCCCCGUGGUGCAUAGCAAGGAAGCGAAUGACAUAAUGGUAUCAGAGUUCACAAUGCAGCAAAAGGGGUUGGAGAAUACAACUGUUGCAGAUGUACUGAUGAUAAAAGAUGAAGAAAAAGGCAACUCAUGGCUUUGUUGUCGAACAAAUGACACAGCGUAUGAUGCCAUCAAAAAAAUGGCAGCAAACAAUAUCGGUUCUUUGGUGGUUCUUAGGCCUGGAGAGAAUCAACUGAUAGCUGGAAUUAUAACAGAAAGAGAUUAUUUGCGAAAGGUAAUUGUACAGGAUAGAUCAUCUAAAUACACAAGAGUCGGAGAUAUUAUGACCGAGCAGAGCAAGCUGAUAACCGUCACAUCGGACACAAACAUUCUUCAAGCAAUGCAGCUCAUGAGUGAGCACCACAUACGACAUGUUCCAGUGAUCGAUGGGAAGGUAGUAGGCAUGAUUUCUGUGGCGGAUAUUGUCAAAGCAGUGGUGGAUCAACAAACUGGAGAAGUGAAGCAACUCAAUCAAUUCAUCAAAGGAGAUUACUACUGAAAAACAAUAUUAGCAAAGCCACAACAAUACUCAUUGUUAACUUUCAAAUUGUCAAACAAGAUCUAAAAACAGUGUUCAAUUUUAACCAAAAUUAUAUUUCGCUGUAAA